UCUGAAAGUAUAAUACUUUUUUUUUUUUCAAAAGGGGUUGGUUAAAUUUCUGAUCAUAAAAUUGCCAAGCCACUAUACAACAUCAUGGUAAACCCCAUAUGGUGGUCCUAACUAUUUGCCUGUGUGCAAUGUGCAUUGCAGACAGGUCAGCUCCCCUGUAUUUGUCACAGGUCUCUCUGAUUUAUACACUACUCCAUCGAUUUCCCAGUCCCACAGUAACAGGAAGCACAGCGGGGGUGGUGCAGGGGCAGAACGGAUGGGGCAGUGACAUGACAGUUGCGGUCAAAAUGCCACUAAUCACUUUGGAUUCAACUGACAUUUCUGGCAUUGAUCAGUGCUCCUUAUUUAGUAUUUCUAUUUUGCCUGGCCAGUUGCAUUUCCUCUAUACAUAUAGUUUGGGAGUGCUUCCACAUUUCCCUUUGUUUAAUUAACCUUUUCCCCACACAGUACAGCUCUUAGCUAUAUGAAUGUGUGAAUAUGAACAACAUGCAUGCUGGAAACAUAUUUUCUAUAAUUUUUAGAUGGAAAGAACAGUUCAAUGCCACUCUUCAACCUGGACACAGAGAUCCAAGAAUUUGUCAAGAGAAGAAAGAGAUCGAUUGAUUUUGAAAACAGUGUCAUGAACAGCACUGCAAUGUUUUAUAGCAACUAUACAAAUAAUGGAGGCCUCAACCUGACUUACAUGUUAAAUAGGAUCAUUAUGAUGAUGAAUGAUGACGAAGAAAGAAAUACAACAGAACUGGAAACAGAGUUAAUACUUAUGGAAAAUUUUACUGGCAGGAUCCUGUGUGAAGAUGUAAGAUCAUCUAAUGAUUUUUCUACACUGCAAAAAGUGGCAUAUUUUGGCAUUCAGUGUGUAUUUCAGUCCAUUCUUUCUCCUUGCUCCAGUAUUAACUGGAAUUCAAUAAAGAGACAAUCAAUGAUAAACUCUGCACUUAGUAUUAUACAAAGGCUGCAAAGAUCCAUGGUGACUGCAGAGGGUGAGAAGUCGGUGGUGGAAACGCCAGUAUUCUCUAUGCUUAUAACAAGUGUCAGUUCCUCAGAGCUAGACCAGAAGCUCCUGUCCUUUUCCAACAAUACACAAUCCACAAACGUAGCAGUGAUCCUUCCCUCUCUGGCUUCUCUUCAACCGUCACUUAAGGGACUGACUUCUCUCCAGGUCCAGAUGAUAAGUUUUGCUCUAAACCCAUUUAUUUCGGAUUCUACGAGUGUCUCUGGGACAGUUGCCAGUCUUAGCUUUAUGAAUGAAAGCCAGGAGCUCCACAUAGAGAACCUGAAUGAUAACUUCCAGAUCUUCCUUCCCAGAAGUCCUGCUGAAAUGAAACCACCUAUGUAUGUGCAGAUGCCUGGAGAUAAAGCUUUGCAGAUGUCUGUGAUGGUCAGCCAACCAGGCAGCUCCUUGAUUAUCAUCAUCUCUGUAAAUCACAGUAUAGAAUUACAGCUGUAUCAUGGAACUUUGCAUGUGCCCGUGGCUUAUACUAGUAAUGACACAGGCAAAGAUUCUUAUACAUGGAUUUUGCACCAGGAGGAUUUUUCAGACACUGCUUCUCUGCAGAACUUCCUUAUUUCUCCUAUCAAUUCUUAUUUGAACCAGACACUAGAUCUGGGUAUCAUCUCAUUCACUUCUCAGUGCGUAUUUCAUGACCCAGCUACAAACCAAUGGGAAUCUCAUGGCUGCAAGGUAGGCCCACAGACAACAGUGGCCAAUGUUCAGUGCCUCUGCAAUCACCUUUCCUUUUUUGGAUCGUCGUUUUUGGUUCUUCCAGUGCAGGUUGAUGUCACUCGCACAGCUGAGUACUUUUCAAAGAUUUCGGAAAACCCUGUCAUCGUUGUAUUACUUGCAUGUUUCUAUGGGUGUUACAUAAUUGCGGUCAUAUGGGCAAGGCGCAGGGAUCUCCAGGACCAGAGUCAAUUAGCUGUGCUGAUUGAUAAAGAUCCUUGUGCACUCUAUUAUUAUCGAGUCAUCAUAUGUACAGGGCAUUGGAGGGGAGCUGCUACUAGUGCAAAGGUGUCUCUGUCACUAUGUGGAUCUGAUGGUCAGUAUGGUCCUAUUCUUCUCUCUGGCGGCAGGCGGCAAUUGUUUAAAAAUGGCAGCAUAGAUAUCUUCUUUCUAGCCACACCAUUCCCUCUUGGGGAAUUGCAAAACAUCACCCUUAGCCAUGAUGGAACAGGACCAAAGAAAAGCUGGUUUGUUACCAGGGUCACUGCUCAAGAUGUACAGCUCAAAAAGAAUUGGCACUUCACGUGUAAUGCAUGGCUUUCAGAACCUCCCAGAGGAGAUUCCCUAACUAAGACCUUCUGGGCAGCUAAUGAGCUGGAACUAAGAAGCUUCAGAAACAUAUUUGUGAAGAAGACACUGAAAGAUUUGCAUGAGGAGCACAUCUGGAUCUCUGCCUUCAAUCCGCCUCCCCGAAGUUCAUUUACACGAGUACAAAGAGUGUCCUGCUGCAUGGGUCUUCUUCUCUGUACCAUUGUCAUCAAUCUGAUGUUCUGGGAGCUGCCUCAGGCCUCCUAUCCUGUGAUUAUAAGUAUGGGAAGCUUUAACCUUACAUGGAAGGAUAUCAUGAUUGGCUUUGAGAGUGCCCUUCUCAUGUUUCCAGUCAACCUGCUCAUCAUUUAUAUCUUUCGCAACACUCAACCAAGAGAUAUUAAGAAAGAAAGGAUAAAAUCCAAAAAUAGUAGCAACAAGCACCACUGCACAAUCUCAAAAACCCCAGCCAUGCCACCAAGUCUCACUUCAGUGUUAGAGGAUUUAGAGAAGAUUGUGCAAAUUCUGAAACGAGAUUCUGAAGAAAAUGGGCAAGAACAGGAGAUGCCAUUGGACUCAACCUGUAAAAUCAGCUUUCUCCUGCAACUUAUUACAGAAAUGCUGCACAAGCAGCCACCACCUUCAAAUCUGGAGGAAACUAUACCCUUGACGCAUCUCUCCAGUGAAAGCUUGCGCUUCUUAUUUUGUGCGCACUACGUCUCUCGGAAGCUUAUGAAAGUGUCUUGUGAUCUGCAGAGAACUGGUGGCCAGGAUUUUGAAGACAAGCAGCACUAUGAUGAAUCCCUGAAAAGGCUGCAAAUCUUACUUGAUGUGCUGAAAAAAUGUGUCCCUCCAUUGCCUACACAAAGGUCCCCAUCUAAGAAACCAAAAAUACAUAAACGUCUGCCAUGGUGGUUCCUGUUCAUUGGCUGGUCCCUUCUGUUUUCCAUCAGUGCUGUGUCUACUUAUUUUACUAUGAUGUAUGGAUUCCAAUAUGGAAGACAGAGCUCUAUUCGAUGGAUCGUUUCAAUGGUCCUAUCACUCUUCCAGAGUAUAUUCAUUCUGCAGCCUCUUAAGGUGAUUGGAUUUGCCCUGUUUUUCACUCUUGUUCUAAAGAAGGUUGAGGUGGAUGAGGAGUUGGAAGGGGAAAUGAUAGCUUCAGAUUUGUACCACAAAUAUGAUGAAGCAGUAAUUUGACUGAUUCUCUGACUCUUCUGCCAGCGGAUUUUCCUGGACUACCAAGGAAAUUAACCCAGUAAAGAACGUGCAAACCAUUUUCAUAAGACCAUUAGGUCUUAUUUCACUAGCAAAACACUAACUAAACAACCAAUUUUUUUGGAAAUUAUACUUUGGAACUAUGUAGUUACUGUAGAAUUGGACAAUAAAAUGCAACAGUAAGGGUAAUGGUACACCUGGAGAUUCGGGAAGAUUUAGUCGCCUGGCUGCGAUUUGUUUACCGAAGUCCCCCGAAGUUUCCUCGUGAGGCAACUUCGGAAAACAAAUCGCCACGAGUGCCAUGCCGCAGGUGUUUUUUCAUUGUACCAGGCGGAAGACAUGGGGAAGCAGUUCACCCCAAAGAAGAGGCAAUUAGUCGCCUGGCGACUAAAUCUCCCCGAAUCUCACAGUGUGUCCUGUCCUUACCAUAAAGCAAUCAUUCAUAGUAUAUUUUAUACCUGCUAUGCCAUUAAAGGGACACUAUUGUAGUAACUAUAUGUUAUAUCUUAUAUGUGAUUAGUGAAUCUUGUAUUUCAUUAAAACAUUAAUGUCAUACCCCA